ACAAAAAAAAAAAAAAAUUUAUUUACAUUUAUACAAGUAGCAAUAAAAUUAAAUUUUAAAAUUGAGAAAAAAAAAUACAGUAAUAAAAUACAUAACAGUAAGUAGAAAUCAUAACGCAUCUCAAAGUGUUUCCGGCAACAAUACCGUAAAGACGUUUUUCUCCGAGAGAAUUUAAAAUUUUGAAAAAAAUAAAAGAAAAAAAUUCGUAAUUAAAUUAAAAUUUUUUUAAGUUAUUUAAUCUAUUUAAUAAAUUUUGUAUAAUAAAAUUAAUUCGCAUAUAUUUAAAUUUUUAAAUUAACUAUAUUUAAUAGAAAACAAAAAAAAAAAAAAAAAAAACAAAUAACAAAAAAUGCAAGCUGCUUCAUUAUAUUGCCGUAGUAAUUAUGUACAGAGACGUGAUGCUAAAGAAGUUGUUAAAGAAUAUUCAAAAAUAUUACAAUGGCGUUAUGAUGGUGAAGAUACAUUAAUGGAUAUUGGUUGUGGUAGUGGUGAUGUUCUAAUUGAUUAUAUAUUACCAAUAAUGCCAAAAAAAUUUAAAAAAUUAACUGGUAUCGAUAUUAGUGAAAAUAUGAUUAAAUAUGCUAAAAAUUAUUAUAAAAAUAUUAAAAAUGUUGAAUUUAAUGUAUUAGAUAUUGAAAAUGAUUUAAAUGAAAUAUAUUAUGAUCAAUAUGAUCAUAUAACAUCAUUUUAUUGUUGGCAUUGGAUACAAAAUCAGAGGAAAGCUUUACAAAAUGUCUAUAAUAUUUUACAUGAGGAUGGUGAUUGUCUUAUAACAUUUUUAGCUUAUAAUCCAGUUUAUGAUAUUUAUAAUGAUCUUUCAAUGAAUCCAAAAUGGUGUAAAUAUAUGACAGAUGUACAUAAAUUUAUAUCACCAUUUCAAUAUAAAGAGAAUCCAGAUCAAGAUUUUCGAUUAUUAUUAAAAUCGAUAGGUUUCCAAACAAUUCAAAUUGAAAUGAAAAAUUUAUUAUUUGUUUAUGAAGGUUUAGAAAAUCUUAAACGUAAUAAUAAAGCUGUCAAUCCAUUUGUUAAUCGAUUACCUGUUAAUUUACAAGACGAAUUUAUGAACGAUUAUAUUAGAGGUGUGAUAUCAAAAGGUUUCAGUCAAAAAAAUGGAGAUGAUUUUAUAUUUCCAACACCAUAUAAAUUAGUAGUCGCCUAUGCUAGAAAAUAAAAUUAUAGUUAUAUUUUGUACUUGCUCAUCUAAAUUUUCAUAAUUUAUAAAUUAUAAAUAUUGCAAUAUCAUGUACAUAUAUACUUAGAAAAUAAUUAAGUAAUUUUUUUUUUAAUUUUAUAAAAUAUUUAAAAUUUCAUGUUGUUUUAAUUUGUAAACUAAUUGCUUUCAAAGUGCAAUAUGCAU